GCCAUGCGCCAUCGGCCACAGCACGCGUGUCGGCCAGCUACCCUCGCCUCUAUUCCCGUCGCCAUGCGCGCGUCGCGUAAUCUCCUCCUAGUACCGCCCGAUAGCCCGACAGCACACCGCUCCCGCAGCGCGCACAGUCCGAGAUGAAAUCAAAUCAGCCGAGGCGCGUCGGCUCGCCACUCCCUCGUGUUCGCCCGUCGGCGCGCUGUCGCCCUCCCAAACGCCAUAACUCCCCCCAUAUGCCGCCCCUUCCCCCCCUCGUCCUCCGCCGUUCGCUCACCCUCCACCGUUUGCUCAUCUCCCCUUUCCGCCCUUUCUCCACGUCUUUCCGUCCUCGCCGCUUUACCACUCGAUGCCUCUCCGAGAGAUUCUCCCCUCAGCCGCCUUCCCCAACCGGCCGCUGACGGGGCGAUGAUACGCCGACUCCAGUGCCUCGACCCACCCUGGGGGCGACAACUUGCCGAAACUCUUGGAGACCAUUCUUGUUCGUUGACUGGAUGUGUUCACUGGUCCUGCUGCAGAUAGAGAGUACGGGCCUUCCUUGAGAGUCUAGGCGCGGGCCACGUAGUACCAGGAACAUCGGAGUAUACUCUAGUACGACGCAGUAGUACGGCUCGGAGCGUCGGGCCGUCCGGCAGAGGGGGGCGCGAAGGAAGGGUCCGGAGUGGGCGAUAGGGAAACCGCCGGACCGUUGGCGCAACCGCGGGACCAUUGGCGCAACCGCGGGACCAUUGGCGCAACCGCGACGUCCAGAAACCACAGAGGCCACUAUGGCGUCCCAUUUGCUGCUCGCGCCUCAAAUAUCGCCCCCUGCAUCCCUUGCUUCUCGCGCUGCAGCAGCUGCAGCACGCGCGUCCUCUCCCGACCCACGGCACCGUCGCACCAGCAGCGUGCGAUGCCGUCGCCCCGUGCUGCCGAGCUCGCGAGCUUUCGCACGGCCAGAGCUGAGCGGGCGACGGCGCGGCGAAAUCCGCCCUGGCUCUGAUCGGACGGCGGGGGUCGGUCGUGUGAGGGGCGGCGGUGGGCUAGCGGCGAGAUGCCUGAGGGAGGGCGCGGAGGGGGGAGAGGAGAGAGCUGACGUGGCGGAUGGGGGAAAGACUGCCCAGCUGGAAAAGUCGCCACUGGCGGACGAAUCCCUGGCUGCCACGUGUAUUAACACCAUUCGCAUGCUGGUGGUGGACGCGGUCAACAACGUCAACGCGGGCCACCCGGGGUCCGCCAUGGGCCUGGCGCCACUUGGCGCGCUGCUAUUCGCCGAGGAGAUGCACUUUGACCCCGCCGACCCCGCGUGGCCCAAUAGGGAUCGGUUUAUCCUGAGCAACGGCCACGUGUGCCUGCUGCAGUACUGCCUGCUGCACCUCACGGGGUAUAACAUCCAGAUGGAGGAUCUUAAACAGCUGGCGAAGCUGGGCAGCAAGACGCCGGGGCACCCCGAAAACACGCUCACGCCGGGCAUAGAGGUCACCACGGGCCCCCUGGGGCAGGGCUUUGCCAAUGCGGUGGGGAUGGCGGCUGCAGAGGCGCAUCUGGCUGCUCGGCUGAACACAGCUGACUUCCCCGACCUCAUUGACCACCACACGUUCGUUUUAUUCGGCGACGGGUGUGCGAUGGAGGGCGUGGUGCAGGAAGCAGCGUCGCUGGCGGGCCACUGGGGGCUGGGCAAGCUGAUCGCCUUCUAUGACUCCAACCAGGUCACCAUUGACGGCAGCACCUCCCUCGCUUUGUCCGAGGACGUGAUCGGCCGGUUAGCCGCGCUGAGGUGGCACGUGCAGCGAGUCACGGUGCGCGACGCUGCUGACCUGGACGCGAUCCGUGCAGCGAUAAGGGAAGCCAAGAGGGAGACACAGCGGCCGUCGCUGAUUCAAGUGGACACCGUCAUCGGGUUCGGGUCGCCCAAGAGGCAGGGCACCAGUGCGGCUCAUCACGGGGCGUUCGGCGAGGAAGAGACUAAGGCAAUAAGAAAGGCGCUCCACUGGCCUUACAGCGAGCCGUUCACUGUACCCGACAAGGUGUACCAAGCCAUGCACCUGGCUGCUGCACGCGGCCAAUCGGCAGCUGCUAGCUGGAGGGACCAGGCGGCGCACUACCGCCAGUGCCACCCAGACUGGGCGGCUCUUUUGGACGCACUCACGGUGCCUGGGCGGCUGCCAGCUGGCUGGGAGGAUUCUUUACCGUCCUUCUCCCCUUCCACGCCGCCCGACGCCACGAGGGGAUACUCCGAGGCGUGCCUCAAUGCGCUCGUGCACUCUCUGCCUAACCUUCUGGGCGGCAGCGCUGACCUGGCGUCCUCCAACAAGGUGGCGUUCCACGGGCUGCCGGACUUCUCCCGGGGCUGCUUUGAGGGCAGAAAUUUCCACUAUGGCGUUAGGGAGCAUGGCAUGGCCGCCAUAAGUAACGGGCUCGCCCUGCACUCACGGGCGCUCAUCCCAGUGGCCGCCACCUUUCUCGUCUUUUCCGACUACAUGCGGCCGGCUCUGCGCCUCGCCGCCCUCUCCGCCGCCCGGGUGCUCUUUGUCUUCACGCACGACUCCAUUGGGCUGGGGGAGGACGGCCCCACGCAUCAGCCAGUGGAGCACCUCCCCUCGCUCCGAGCCAUCCCCAACCUCCACGUCAUCCGCCCGGGCAACGCCACGGAGACAGCUGGCGCCUACGUGGCGGCAGUGCGGCGCAGCGUGGGGCCCACGGCGAUCUUGCUGUCGCGUCAGAAACUGACAGCUCAGCUUGAGGGGUCUAGCAGGGAGGGGGUGCUACGAGGGGGGGGGGGAGGAGGAGGAGGUGGUGGAUUGGAUUUGAUUUUGAUUGCAUCGGGGUCUGAGCUGGUGCUCUGCCAGGAAGCUGCUGAGAAGCUUCGUCUGGAAGGGUACAGGGUGCGGGUCGUGUCGCUGGUCUGCUGGGAGCUCUUCCAGCAGCAACCUCAGGAGUACCGAGAUGCUGUGCUGCCGCCACAUGUCACCAAGCGAUUGGCUGUUGAGGCUGCGCGUUCCCAGGGCUGGUGCGAGUGGGUGGGACCGCAGGGCUCUGUCCUCUCUGUUGAGCGAUUCGGUGCCAGCGGCCACUACCUCGAGGUGUUCCACAAGUUCGGAUUCACUGUAGAGAAUAUUGUGGAGCAGGCUUAUAAGCUGUUAGGGAAGAGUUAAGUAGAAAGGCUACGUAGGGUAGGGAAGUCCUAGUAGGGUCAACAACGGUGCUUGGAAGGACAGUUUAAGGCGGUGCAUAGCUCUGCCGAUGGUGAAGCAUGUUUUUGAAUAACGGAUGUGAAUAGAUUGUGGAAGCUCCC